CAGGAGUUUGCACUAGAUGCCUUUACAAAGCUGGAUACUCCGGUAAUAACAAUAAUAAAAAACCCUUACCCGGUGGAUGGGGAUGGAGUCUACGGCACGGAGACCAGGAUUUAUUAAUGUGCAAAUUGCUCUGAUAUGAUCACAUACUUUCUGCUUUGCAUACACAGGGAGCAGCGUGGGCUGAUGGAGUAUGAACUAGCCUGGGCGAUCUUUACGAGCUGAAAUCCUGCACAUCACAGAAGGGUUUGUUUCUCUGCGCAAAACCUGGGAAGCUGUUAGAAACCUGCUUUUAAAAAAACAAGUCAACAAACCCCCCAGACCCAAAUGCACCAGACUGCUCCAUGAACUCGCCAUGAAAGUAUUUUUCAUUUUUUUUGACAGAAACGCUCAUGUAACUUUCUCUGGAGGAACCGAGGAUUUUUGUAGUUGGUCUUGUAGUGUUUUAAAGCUGGGAAACCAGUAAGAGUCUUUUCAGCAGUGAUGAGGGAGUGACAAGUCAGAGUUCCUGCGUGUGCCCGUGGAAACGACGAGCAGCUAACGCUCACUGCCCGAGCCCCCAGAUGGGACUAGACCCAAGCUCCUGCGCUCCGUAUGGGGAUGAAGGCAGAACCAUGUUACCUGCUACCUAAGGCCUCUGCUGCUGCGCCGGUAGCUUGUGGAUAUGGUCCUGCACCAGGCUUCGCACACAGACUCUCAGCUCUGAGCCAGCCCCAGAGGUUUUAGUGGCAGCAGAGCCCCCCCCCCCCCGGGCGCGGGACGGACUCCGAUCACCCUGCGAUACAGGGCUGCAGCGCUGGAGAGUUACUAUGCAGCUUGGACUGCUUGUGGUGGUGGUUUUUCUGAGCUCGAUGGAUCUAACAGGCAGCAGCAAAGUGGUGAAGGGCAAGAGGCAAAGACGAAUUAGCACCGAGCUGAGUCAGGGCUGUGCCAGGGGCUGCGACCUGUGCUCCGAGUUCAACGGGUGCCUGAGAUGUUCCCCCAAGCUCUUCAUCCUUCUGGAGAGGAAUGAUAUCCGGCAAAUCGGGAUCUGCCUACCAUCCUGUCCACUGGGAUACUUUGGCCUUCGCAAUACAGACAUGAACAAGUGCAUCAAAUGCAAAAUUGAGAACUGUGAGUCCUGUUUCAGCCGAAACUUUUGCACAAAAUGUAAGGAAGGUUUGUAUUUGCACAAAGGGAGAUGUUACGUCACAUGCCCUGAAGGCUACUCUGCUGCCAACGGCACCAUGGAGUGCAGCAGUCCUGCACAAUGUGAAAUGAGCGAGUGGGGGCCCUGGGGGCCCUGCUCCAAGAAGAGGAAGCUGUGUGGCUUCAAGAAGGGCAACGAGGAUCGAACGCGGCGGAUCCUGCAGGCUCCCUCUGGAGACGUGUCCCUGUGCCCCGCCACCACGGAGGUGCGGAGGUGCACCGUGCAGAAGAGCCAGUGCCCCGAAGGGAAAAGGAAGAAAAAAGAAGAGCAAGGAAAGCAAGAUAAUACCAAUGGGAACAGAAAUCGGAAAGACACCAAAGAUGCUAAGUCUGGCACCAAGAAGAGGAAGAGCAAACAGAGAGGGGCCGUGGCCCCCGCCACAUCUGCCAGCCCUACCCAAUAGCUGCCCCUUUCCGUCACCUGAUGGCAAGACUUCAUUGCUGCUAUGUAUAUGAAAGCUUUAUUGAACCAGAGCACUGCUACACAACAUUACACAUGUUCCGAAAGACAGACAUAUACUCCUAGACUAGACCUGACAGAAGCCACAUGCACGAUACUUACGGAGGCUGCACCCCCAGGACGUGGACGGCACCCCUCCGGGGCGAGGAGCGCGAGUGCUCGCGGAGGGACGUGGCAGUGGGACGCUGCGGGGACAAGAGGUGAGAAUGAACCAGAGCAAAGGACAAGGGCACAGGACCUUAUGACACAGUGCCUCCACACUGAGCCAGCCGCCUGGCCCCGGCACAGCACGGUGGCAGCCUGGCGGACACGGCUGGGACUGAAUUUCUGCUCUUCCAGACCAGGGAACUGGACUCACGCAAAGGCAGUGGCCUCUUUCUCUUCCCCCUCCCCUUUAUUUUGUGUUUUAAGCUGUAUGACUUUAUCAUUGAGAAUAAUACAUGUUAAACGUUUGUGGUAAGAGGUCAGUGGUAUCUGCCCUGAAUCUGCUUCAAAGAGUUAUUUCAAAUUAAAAAAAAAAAAAAAAAAAAAAAAAAAGAUGACAACCAGCUUCCUGAGUGUGUGGUUCAUGCCUUGGCCCCUAUGGAGGCUGGUGUCCCACAGGACAGAGACUCACUUGUGUGGAAGGGAAACACACAAAAGCUGUAAGAAAAUCCCAGAAAAUGCUGCCAGCUGCACUGCAGCCUGAGCUCAGCCCCGCAGCCCGCACAGGACCCACGCUGCUCCCCACCGCCCCCCAAGAAAGUUCCCGUUAGAGGACCCAGCUCAAGAAAAUGAGAGGUUACAACACACCACAGGUUGCCAAAACGUUGUGACUUUGCUUGUACGGUCACAGCUACCAGACUCCACUCCGGGGUAGGGCCGGGCCUGUCUGUUUGGCCCAGCACUGCCCCAAUGCACAGUAGGAGGGAAAGAAGGCGGGAGGGGGAUGGCACCAUUCAGAUUCCAUGAAGAAAAGCAAUCGUUUAAAUUUGAUAGAAAACACUGGUCUCCGUGUCACCAAUGGGAAUGUCCUGGAUUGAGCUAAUAUGCUCCUGCUCUGCAGGAACUGGCACAUGGGCAGAGGAGCCAGGAGGAGGAUGCUGCUGGAUGGAGGCAUGGGGAGACCGGAGCGGGCGCACGCUUCACUCUUCCUUUCUCGGCACAGAAAGCCUUGCCCUUGACAUGACGUGGCACCUCACUCAGUUUCCCUUAUAUUUUAAAUCGUGCUUCCUUGAUAUAAAUACGGACAGACAUUUAAUUCCUCUGCAGUUCAGCAAAACCGUCUGGUCCCAAGGGAUGGAGCCAGGGAGGUCCCCACCGAUGUGCCACUGAAGCUCCUGGCUUCCCCCAUGAGACAAGGGGCAGGGAAAAGCUGACCCCAAAGCUAAAGCUGUCCAACCCAAGUAACACUGCCCUUGCUUUUGUACCACUGCCUCUGCCUUGCCAGGGGUGCCUGUGGUGGAAAGCCCCUGGCACGUGGCUUUGGGUGCCUCCCCGGCGGGGUGCCGGUGCUCUUCCACGAGGGGACAUGGGCGGCGCAGCUCUGGUAGGGACAGCCGAGGCUCCCCUCGCCCCGUUGCACUGCGGCUGCUUUGGCAGAGGUCAGGACGUGGGAGCUGCAUAGUUGUUUCAGCCCCAGGGCUGUACCAAGCUCUCCGUGACUGCUCUGCUGGCAGCAAAACCUUUCAGCCCAUCAUCCACUUUGUGUUUAAGUAAACAAGAAGCCGUUAUAUCUUUUAAAGGGGAUUCCAUUUCAGCACAAUGAUAAACGACCAGCAUACCAAGCAGAGAGAGAAAGAGGUUCUUAAAGCCAUCCUUUGAGUUGUUUAUGGAUCGUGUUCAGACGAUUCCUGAAGGCCUCCCAGUUGAAAGAUCAGAUCUCACUUUGCUUUCUAGCCUCAGCUAGCCUGUGAGAUAAGUAUUUUGUUUGUGACAUGGCACUGCAUGUAAGCAGAAUCAUUUCUCCCUUCCGCUUUUUAGCAGCAAUAAUCAGUAACCCUUUCAUGAACUUCAGCUUGCUAAUUCAUAAACCACUCUUUCUUCCCUCCUGCUUCAGUAUCUCAAUCCAGUUCUCAACAAGGAUUAAAGAGAAGAGAGGGUGCAUUAGUAAGGUUUUAGACACUAAAGCUCUGUUAACUGACUGGAUUCCCUAACUCAUGGCAAUAUUAGUGCAAAUAUUUCAAAACUAAACUGCAUAUAAUAAAUCAACACAACAUAUCUUGUAGAUUUUUCUAGAUUUUUUUUU